AUGUGCCGACAAGAGCCGCCGCCUCGGCGUGUCCUCGUCGUCGGCGCGGGCAUCGCUGGAGCGCUCACGGCCAUCGGCAUCCUCGACGAGCUCGAGCGGCUUGAGGCUCACACGACAUCGACGAGGAUCGAGGUCGACGUCGUCGAGGAGGCGGCAGGCCCGGGCCACGGCGCUAGCUUCGGCGGAGCUUCGCUGAUGCUCUUUGACAACAUCCACAAGACGCCGCUGACACUGCUCAGCGCAGCCCUGCAGGGCGUCGUGCGGCCUGCGCAUGGCUCAAGGCUGCGUCACUGGCUGCGUUUUCUGCUCCUCGGGGUCCGCCUCACCACUUCGCGCCUGAGGAAAUUGGCCGUCGGCCUGCCCGCAGCCGCGCCGCUCAGCAAGGCGGACUGCCGCGAGGCGUUGUCUGCUGUGCUCGCGCGGCACGGGGAGCGGCUGGGCCCGCACGUGCACCGCGGUGCGCUGUUUGUCGUCCGGAGCGCGCGCCUGUGGGACGAGCUGCGACGCGCGCAGCCCGGAGGCGGGUACGAGCUCCUCGACGCCGCGGCCGCGAGAGCGCUCGAGCCGUCUCUCGCGCUCGAGGAGCCGCUGCUUGGCGCGGCGCUCUCGCGCCGGGACGGGUGGUGCGACUGCGAGGCCCUGCUGCCCGCCCUCGCCGCCCUGGCCACAGAGCGAGGGGCCAGCUUCGAGUACGGCGUGCGGGUGGAGCGCGGCGCUGUUCUCGACGAGCUGCUGCCGGGGGCGUGCGUGCGCGGCGUGGCCGGCUUCUCCCUCCGAACCCCGUCAGGAAAGGCGCCGCCCGCGCCUCCGCCUCGCCUCGCCCUGGCGAUGUUCUGUCGGCCAGAGGCGUCGGGCGGGUACCGAGUCGGAGGGCUGAUGAGCCUCGACCCCGCCGCCGUCGAGUCGCGCGCCUUCAACCCGCGCGCGCUCGCACACUUCCGCAGGACCGCCCUCGGAGCGGCACUCGCCUCUUCCGAGCACGUGGCGUGGACGGGCGUUCGGCCGGUGGCGGCCGAGACGCCGAUCGCGCGUAGGCUGGCGCUGCGCGGCCGCGUCUGGGGGAACGGCGCCUACGGCGGCAACGGGUUCGUGUGGGCUUGGGGCGCGUCCGAGCGGGUAGCGCGGGAGGUGGUUGCCGCGCUCCUUGGAAAGGAGGGAGGGGGCGAUUGGGCGCCGGGAAGCCGCGGGGGAGGGGGGCUCCAGGCCCCAAAUGACGCGUGA